AUGAGAGGAUAUUGUAGAAGAAUGGGAGGAAAGUGUAUAAGAAUGGGAGGAUAUUGCAGAAGAAUGGGAGGAAAGUGUAGAAGAAUGGGAGGAUAUUGUAGAAGAAUGGGAGGAAAGUGUAGAAGAAUGGGAAGAUAUUGUAGAAGAAUGGGAGGAAAGUGUAGAAGAAUGGGAGGAUAUUGUAGAAGAAUGGGAGGAAAGUUUGGAUGGUUGGUGGAGGUAGUAGAUCUGGCCAGGGCGGCGGGGUGGCGGUUGGCGGGGGUUGACGGAGCAACCAUUCUCCGAGGGAGUAGAGUUAUCAGUUCAUCUCCUGCAACCUUCAUCAGUCCUUCGCGAGACAAACCCAACAUGGCAGAUUUUUUCAAACCUUGGAACAACUUUCAAACAUCAGAGUUUUCUCAUUUAAACCAGUCUGAUUUGAAACCUACCCUGAGCGGAUAUGAUUUAAAACCUGAGGAGCUGCAAACCGUUCCUUGGAGUUUAAACUGGAACCAGGUUCCCUCUCCUUCCUCUCUAGGUUCGAUAUCUCCACCCAGACCCUCAUCCACUGAGUCCUACUCCGGAUACCAGGUUCAACAGGGAGCAGGGUUCAGAGAAACCAGACAAUGUGUGAACUGUGGAGUAUCUUCUACUCCUCUCUGGAGACGAGAUAAUGGUGGUAAUUAUCUCUGCAAUGCCUGUGGUCUUUAUCACAAGAUGAACGGAACCAACAGACCUCUCAUCAAACCAAAGAACUCUAGGGUCUCCUCUAGUAAGAGGGAUGGAACCAGCUGUAGUAACUGCUCUUCAACCACAACAACACUGUGGAGAAGAACAACAGCAGGAGAGAUUGUCUGUAAUGCUUGUGGACUCUAUCAGAAGAUACAUAACACCCCGCGACCAAUCUCAUUGAAAAAAGACAAUAUUUUAACCCGUAAGAGAAAGCAAGGAAAAAAAGGAAUGGUCUAUAAUCCAUCUUUUUUCCCCGGCUCAUAUUUUCCCUCUGAACCCUCCACCCAGCUCCAACCUAGCUACCCUACACUACCAACCUCCAAUACAGGAGCACUUCAAUUCUCUGAUCAAUGGAGCGCCUCAAAUAAUCUCCAGUUUUCUUUCACCUCGAACCAGUCCCAGCUGAACCAGUUUUAUAAUAAUAUUUACCCUGGAUAUUACUAACCACUCCCAACCCUUAACCUAUUAUUAAUCUCUGUGAUAUUUUGUGUAUAUAAAACUGUAUUUUAAUAAAUUUUGUCGGUGUA